GUGUCAUACACUCGAAACUAUAAAUAAACAACGCAAUUUUCCGUAUCAGUCAUAUUCAUGUCUCGUCAGAAAUUAUAGGUUUGUAAAUAGUUGCGGCGUCGAACGCUUGCAGUCAUAAGCUGUCUUUCAGCAUUUUAGUCAGUCAAAUUUUGUAGACAGCACUUUCGACAUCAACGAUAUUUAGCCAAAGCCUGCGUGUGCUGCCGUCAUUUGUUGCCGCUCAGAGAUCGCUUGUUCACUGUUCACUGUGACUUGGUGAGAUUGGAUUGUUUGCGACUGAACAGUCUGUCCCCUGACUUUGUGGAAAAGACUACAAGGACAAAAGAAGGCUUUGGUGUCGACAGCACCAAAAGCAUGCACAGUCAUGGAUACAAACUCUGACAUUUCUGAGCCCUAUCAAACUAUCGUCAUUGUCGAGGACAACAUAGAUUCGUCGAGUGUUGAUGCUAACGUCAUUCCAGCCAAUCGUCAAGAGCCUGACAGCGACCGCUCGGCUCCUUCCACACUUACUUCAGUGCACGUGAACUGGCCAUCUCCCAGUAGCACCGCCUGAGGACAAGAGACAGUACUGGCAGCAACCACAUCAGCAGAGUGAUGGCUGUGGAUGUGCUGACAAGUCCCAUGGCUGUGGAGGUGGUGAUGAUGCUGAGCCUGAAGACUGCGCUGCCUGUGCCAGUGACGUGGCAUUCCUCGUUGGCAGGGACAAGCAACUGAUGCUGGGAAGGAAGUCUUCCAUGGCCAGCGUCUCCGACUUCUUCAGGGGCAUGUUUUUUGGUCCAUGGCGAGAAUACCGCCAGGAAAUCGUGUCCCUGAGUUCAGCACACGAGCGUUCGCUGUACUCCUAAGACAUUCGGCCGGGGAAGCCCGCUUGCCCCUGGAUGACGACAACGUGUGGGAGGUGUUGAGGAUGUCCGACAUGUAUAUUGUCCCCUCUCUUGUCGACAUCUGCUUCCACUACCUGUUGCACUGCCACAAGUCCCGCAAGAGGAGCAGCCACAUCUGCCAAGCGCUCGAGUGGUCGCACGCCGGGUGCACGGGCUCGAACUAUGCUCGCUGCUUGCAGGUCGCCAAGAGAAGAGCUAGACGAAUUUUCCAGAACGAGCCGGCCGUCCGCUUUGUGCUACGAGUGCAUGUUGACUCUGGUCAAGGCAGACGACCUGAUAGGGGCAGACGAGCUUCAGGUUUACCAGGCUGUAGUCACGUGGGCGAAGGGGCAGUGCCAGUCGGCCAUGCCCAACCGGAAGCAGUUGCGGGAGGCAGCACGCGACCUCAUACAUCACGUGCGCUACCUGGCCAUGGCGCCUCAGAAGUUGGAGAGACUUCUGGACAAACCCUCCGAUGAUUGUCUUCUUAACGAGGAGGAGAAGCAGAGUCUACUGCGUGGAGGCGGAGGCUGGGCCUUCCCGUCCGACGCGCGGCACAAGCUCGCCGCCAAGCGGAUCGCUCACCGCAGGAGUCUUACCGUGUGCGGCGAGACGUUGUCGUGGGGAUGUGUGGGACACGUGGGCUUCCUCUUCAGCCUCUCCUUCUUGGUUCUAUUUGCCGUCGUUUGUUUCAUCGUGUACAUCCUUUUCAACGCUUCCUGGUGACCUGUAGUGUGUGUGCGUGCAUGAGUGUGCAUGGGUGUGUGCGUGCUUGAGUGUGCAUGGGUGAGUGCGUGCUUGUGUGCAUGGGUGCGUGCGUGCGUGAGUGUGCAUAGCUUUAAAUUAAUGUACAUACCUACAGACCAGGACUAGACACUGAAGCAUGUACAGUCGUACAGUAGUAAACUCAGGAAAUUUGUGGAAAGAAGUGGAAAUGUUAAUGGAACGCACUCUGACUUUUGACAGGAAUCGGGCAUUGAUGCAUUUACGUUUUGGCUAUGCACACUGUAUAUAGGGAAAAUUGCAUUAUUUGAUCGAAACCAAUAAUGUUCAGAGCCAACGGCUCAUCUAUUUUGAUUGUUUAUUGGAGUCAAUAAAUACGGAAAAGUCAA